AUGAACGAACCUGGUUUCGAUGACGCCAUUGCCGACGAAGCAGUGGCUCUCGACCGCACCGCCAGCUCUCCAAAUCAGAAGAUAGACGAAAUCAAUAAGUUGUCGCAACAUGAUACCGAGUACCAGCAAGCUGCGCGUUGGUGGCUCGCAAGUACGGCAUACCCUCUAGUAGCUGGCACUUUCGGGCCGAUGGCUAGCGCUUUCAAUAUCUGUUCUUUAUCACAACCAUGGCGAAUGGACCUCACCAGCAGCGGUGGGACAGAUAUCCCGGAUCCAAAAUGGGUCACCGCUAUCAACGCAAUAUCACUUGUCUUUGCACUUGUCGCCAACCUAGCCCUCUCGCUUACCAUGGCCCGACGCAUCCGUUUCGAAAUCGCCCAGCCAAUCAUCGUCGUAGGGUGGUACAUCUCAUCGGCGUUCUUGAUCGCAAUCUUAAUUCCCUUCGGCGUGAACAUGUACAAGCCCGAGAACAACGGUCGAAUCUACUCGCAGAGUUAUUACUAUGGCACAUUCGCAGCAGGGUUAUAUUUCAUCAUCGCGUCAUUAAUGGCAGUGACUGGAUAUGGUGCCUACCGUGGCUACUCUAGCCGAAAAUUCAAUCUGACUACGAGCCAACGAACACUCAUGCUGCAAACUAUCAUUUUCUGCUUCUAUCUUCUGGGCGGUGCAGCCGUCUACUCUAAGGUCGAGGGAUGGCGCUUCCUAGACGCAGUAUAUUUUGCAGACUAUACAUUGCUCACCAUCGGCGUGGGUAAUUUCUCGCCAAGUACGCAUCUCGGCCGGGGUUUGCUUUUCCCAUAUGCAAUCGGAGGAAUCAUUAUCCUUGGUCUUAUCAUAUCCUCCAUCCGUACGCUUAUGUUGGAAAAUGGCAAGCAAAAGAUUGGCAACAUGUUGACAGCACAAACGCGCAAAUACCUACUCAGAGAAGCCUUCUCGGACCGUUCUGGUGCUAAGGGUAUUAUCCCCUCGCUCGGGAAGAAGAGUGCCAAAGCGGAAGGCCGCAGCGAGCGGGAGCAGCGCAAACGAGAGUUUAUAGCCAUGCGUCAGGUAUGUAAGCUGGCAAACGUCCAACACAAAUGGCUCUCGCUCUUGCUUUCUUUUUUGCUUUGGAUGACGAUAUGGCUGAUCGGAGGUGUCGUUUUCUGGCGCUCGGAGUCGAACGCAAAAUGGUCGUACUUUGAGGCUCUAUACUUUGCAUAUACAAGUCUUCUGACAGUUGGUUAUGGAGAUUUGUAUCCGAUCAGUAGUUUGGGUAAAUCCUUCUUCGUUUUUUGGUCCCUGCUUGCCGUUCCUACGAUUACUAUUCUCAUCUCCAAUAUUGGCGAUACCGUCAUCCGAUUUAUUCGUGACGUUACGCUAUUCAUUGGCGAGCUCACUAUUCUACCGGGUGACCACUCCUUCGUGGACAGGCUUAAGACACUGACUCACAUCUCCUGGGUCAGAUGGUGGAUGGAGGAAACGACGGGCGAAAAAGAAGGUGCACAACAGCACGCACAAUUCAGCCAAAAUCAAGAUCCCAAUAAAGAGAACGGCAACGACUUCGACUUCAAGAACAACAAGGAAGAAAAGCAAGCCGAAAACAUCCACCAGUACAUCUACCUACUCUUCCGAGAGCUACGCAAAAUUAUUGAGUACGCCAGCAACACUCCAUCCCGGAAAUUCGAUUAUCUAGAAUGGGAAUAUUAUAUGAGCCUGAUUGAAGGAGAUAAUAAACCCAAGGUUCUUGGAGAUGAAGCCAAUGAUGGACAGGCGCAAGCAGCACGGGAAUGGAGUUGGACUGAUCAGGAGAAUCCUUUGCUUGCCGAAACGAGUGAGGUUCAGUGGCUGCUUGGGCGGUUGACUGAGGUACUUGAUCGGGAAUUAAGGAGGGCAAGUCAGGUUCAUCAUGUAUCCGAGAGAGCAAAGGGGGAUGGAGCAGAGGAUUAG